AAAUGAAAAUUUUAUCUUCACUCUGUUUCAGUAAUUCUACUCCUCUGAUUUGUUUACCCAGGGAAAGAGGAUUUCGUAUCAGCAAAGCAAGCAGGUACAUAUAAGACCCUUGUCAAAGUACUGUGACUAUAUCGAAAAUUGUACCACGAAAUCCUUCGCUCGGUAUCCUACCAAAUAUCAUCGGCAAAAAGAUGGCUUCCUCUCCUGUCCCAGCUACCUGCAAGGUUAUCUUGGCUCAAGGAAUUGCUAAAAAGUUACUUGGAGAAGUUUCAACAGAUCUGAAGCAGCUAUCUUUCAAGCCUAAGCUUGUUGGAUUACUGGCAAACGAUGAUCCUGCAGCUCAACAGUAUGCAGACUGGUCAAUGGCAACAUGCAUUGAGAAGUGAGUAUUUCUCCCCAUCUUAUUUGCUAUACACAAAAGCCUUCACAUCCGCGUAUUUGCGACACUCAAGAAUGAUAUUGGUCCGAAAAGUGGCACCAAUCUGGAUGUCCGAAGAUCAGAAUGGAUGGAUAACAUAGGACGUUGGAUACUAAUCACAAUUCCUCAAGAGAAAGGAACUUUUCUUGGGCUCGCAUUCUACCAAGCUCCGUGUUUGAAGAAUUGGAUCAUCUCCCGAUAUUUCGAAAAGCGCAAUUUAUUGCGCUUCGAUAUUUGCACGAACUGACUUGUUUGCAGUGGUUUCGACUUUGAGCUCCGAAAGUUCACCAAAGAAGAGAUCGAAGACGAAAUCCUAAAAGCAAACAACGACGAUUCCAUUCAUGGUAUCAUUGUAUACUACCCAAUUUUUCCCGCACCUUCUCUUCAAGAUGGGUACAUUCAACAAAUUGUUGCCUUGAACAAAGAUGUAGAAGGAUUGGCACAUACCUACCGCUUCAACAUGUACCAAAACAUUCGAUUUCUCGACGCUCCUCACAAUACUCAAAAGUCAAUUUUACCUUGCACACCUUUAGCGGUUGUCAAGGUUCUUGAACAUCUACAGAUCUAUAACUCGGUUUUACCACAUGGGAAUCGUUUAUACGGAAAGACAAUCACUGUAUUCAACCGCUCCGAGGUUGUUGGACGUCCAUUAGCUGCUUUGCUUGCGAAUGAUGGUGCUACCGUCUAUUCUUGCGAUCUUGACGGAGUGAAGCUGUUUACUCGUGGCAAAGGAAUCAAGAAAGUUCAUCAUGAGGUUCACGAUAUGGAAGGAAUGAAGAAUGAUGAUUGUUUGCCAAAGAGUGAUGUUGUUAUCUCUGGUGUUCCAGGAGAGAGAUUCAAGGUCAACACCGAGUUGAUCAGAGAUGGAGCUGUCUGUAUCAAUUUUUCUUCUCAAAAGAACUUUGAUGGUCCUGCCGUGAAAGAGAAGGCUUCAAUUUAUGUACCAUCUAUUGGAAAAGUCACUAUCGCUGUUCUUUUGAGAAAUCUUUUGGUUAGUACUCUUUAUAAUUCAACGGGAAAGGCGUCCACUAACAUUUUUAUGCAGAGAUUGGUAGAGAACCAAGGAAAGGGGGCGACGAAGCUAGCGGAGAUCUCGAGCUGAGUGGAAAUCAAGCAAAGGAUUUUGAAUUCUAAGCUGCAAGGGGUGAUCUUUCAAAUCUUAAGCUAGAACCAUGGUUCUAGCUAAAGAGAAUCCAAAAAGAAUAUAGAAAGGCGUUUUGGGAAAUUUAUACCAAAGAGGAGUUGAAAUAUAAGGAUAGGGUAAAUGUUAUAUAGAAAUCCUCACAAUUGAAUUGGAUUGGUAUUUGUAACAUUCU